AUGGCAAAUUCAAUAACGGCACCCCAACCCUUUUGGAAUUCUUCUACUGAAAGGCCUACUGCGCAACAAUGGUUGCAGUGGAAAACUACAUUUACUAACUACGUUGAUUUGCUUUUGCUCCUUGGCGGAAAUUGCACGAUUGAUGAUGCAGCGAAAAUUAAAUUACUACGCCACCAUCUCGGCAUCGAGGGCCAGCGACAUUUCGACAGUUUACAAUUACAUACGAAGCGAGACCUAAAAACUGUGUUCUAUUCCCUGGACCGAAUAUGGGGGGAAAAGCCCCAUGUGUUUACUGCUCGGUAUAAAUUCAGCACCAUGCGACAACAGCCAAAUGAGACUGUAAAUGAGUUUAUCUCUCGUCUCCUUACUGCUCUCCCUGACUGCGCCUAUGAUCAGAUCCUUCCAGCCCAGUUCGAAGAAGCGAUGCUGUUACAGGCAUUAAUCGUGGGUGUUUUCGAUGAGAAGGCACGAGAACGUCUGCUCUCCGAAGAUGAAACGCUACUGACGUGGGAGAAAGCAUGUGAUAUAGUCCGACAGCGUGCCAACCUCGUCCAGGAACUAGCCACAUUUCCCUCUUCAAAUCAAUCAAUCUCACAUGACGUAAACAAGGUCUACCAGACUAACCGUGGACAUGCCUUACCUCGCCCCGUACAGCGCAAGGAAUUCCGUUGUUACCGUUGCGGGGAGAAUCACUUGUCCCCGACUGACUGUCCGCACAUUCAUUCAUUAUGCAGAUUUUGUGGAAAAAUGGGUCAUAUUCAGAAAGUGUGUCUCUCCAAGCGGAAAUCACUCGUCCAGGAACAAUCUAAGGCUACAAACUGCAUUACUGAUGAAUUGCACCAGAAUUGGAUUAACACCACAACCGUUUUUAAUCGCACCAUUACAGCAGAAAAACCGUUUGUCGUAUCCGUCCAAGUAAACGAACAACCGGUAGAGUUUGAAAUUGAUACCGGUUCCGCAGUCACUUUGAUCCGACCAGACGCCUUAUCCCAACUUCCAAAGCUGUGUCCACCGAACAUACAGUUGCGAUCUUACACGGGACAGAUGGUGAAUGUGCUUGGUACCUUCAAUGCACGCAUUUCUUACCGUAAUUCAACGAGUCAUAUGUGUGUGUACGUUUCUGGAGGACCGGGUCCGAACAUCCUGGGCCGCGAUGGAAUUAAGCGCCUUCCUGGCAUAAUGUCGAACGUCAACCUGGUGAAAGACAAUCCGCAGUUAUCCGAGAUUUUGCAGAAGCAUGCAGUCUUAUUUGAUCAGUCGAGAUCAGGACUUUUAAAGAAUUACAGUGCACAUCUGGUAUUGAAACCACAGACAAAACCGCGGUUCUGGAAAGCUCGCACUGUUCCCUAUGCCCUCCGUGAUAAGGUCGAAAGUGAACUGCGCCGACUUCAGUUGGAAGGUACCGUUGAACCCGUCCAGUAUUCAGACUGGGCAGCCCCCAUUGUGCCAGUAUUGAAGAGCGAUGGUACGAUACAAAUCUGCGGGGAUUACAAGGUUACGAGAAACCAAGCGUUAGAAUUAGACCGAUAUCCCCUACCAAAGAUUGAAGACAUUUACGCUUCCCUUUCCUGUGGUGAUCUAUUUACAAAACUAGAGCUGAGCCAUGCCUAG